AUGCAAGAAGGAAGUGUGGUGCCAGCGACGGUGGUGACUGGCUACGCGUGCGAUAGGCAGGGCAAGGUGCUCGUGUACCGCCUCAACGGUCUGCGAGUCCUCUUCGUCGUAGUGCUGGCCUUCGUGGGCCUGUCGUACGCCAAUGUUAUCGACGGGGAGUACCUGGCCAACAACAUAUGGCCCUGCUUCCACGCCGGCAACAUCUACGGCCUCUUGUGCUCCUUCAUCUUCUACAUCAAAGGGAAGCGUUUGCCGCCCGACCAGCGAGACGUGGGGCGUAGGGCCAUCACCGUAGACCAAGUCAAGCACAAGAAGGAAGAAGAAGAAGACAAAGCUACAAAGAAGUCGAGCGGCACCAAGGCACCAUCCACGCCGUCGCCGUCUUCCAGUGGUGGGGUCGGCUCGUUCCUGAUGGACUUCUACGCCGGGCUGGAGUUCAACCCGCGCCUGGGGCUGUUCGACCACAAGAUGUUCCUCUACCUCGUGGGCGCCGUGGUGCUCGAGUGCGUCCUGGUCUCGGCCGCCAUCACGCAGUACCACGCCCUCGGGGGUCGUCUGUCGCUCGGGCUCACCACCUACCUCCUCCUCUUCUCCUUCUUCGUCGCCGAGUACAUGUAUCACGAGCACGUGCACUUGUACACGUACGAUCUGUUCGCAGAGCGGGUGGGGUUCAAGCUCAUCUGGGGCUGCCUGUGCUUCUACCCCUUCUUCUACGGCAUCGGCGUGUGGCCCCUCCUCGCGCGCGGCCCCGACCAACAAGACACCACCGCCCCGCACGCCGCCCUCGCCGCCCUCUGCUUCUUCGGCGGCUGGGCGCUCUCGCGCGGGGCCAACAACCAAAAGUACGCUUUCAAGACCGGGCCGCCCAACGCGCCGUUCCUGGGCAUCGCGCCCCGCGUGGUCCCCGGCUCGCGCAUCCUGUGCUCGGGCUGGUGGGGCCUGGCCCGCCACAUCAACUACCUGGGCGAGAUCCUGAUGGCCAUCGGGCUGGCCCUCCCCGGCGGCGGCGCGGGCGCGGGGUGGUCGGCCCUGCUGCCCUGGCUCUACCCGCUCUACUACGUCGCGCUGCUGUUCCCGCGCGAGCGGGAGGACAGCCGGGUGUGCGAGCUCAAGUACGGGCAGGCCUGGCGGGACUACUGCCGCGCCGUGCCCUACCGCAUCAUCCCCUACCUCUACUAG